AAACAAAACAAUGAAUGGUUUCUGAAAAUCUCCGCUUAUGUUAAAAACUUUUGCUGAUGAAAUGGGAUGGCUGAUGAUUCCGAGAAUGAAGGUGACAGUUACGGCGAGAGCUGGUUAGUUAUCCCGUCUGCAAGGUAAGGCGAAGUUUCGACAAAGCUUUUUAAAACAAACUUUAACUAAGCCUGUUUAUCUUAUAAAAGCUUGUCUCUUAGUUUACUUUACUUGAACACUCCUUAACGUUUUUUACUAAAAGGAGUUCGCAAACCGUCAGGAGGCAGGAAAAAUCACAGAACAAUGAUAAUCAAAACGAAAAUUUGCUUUGGAAAUCUACCGAAGAGCCCAGCUCCAAAAUAUGGUGAGCAGUUUUUUUUUUCUCUUUAUUUCGUUUUAGUUAGCUUAAGACUUAAACUUAAUAAGCCUGUUUACAAAACAAUUUUUGAUAAGUAAACUUUUUAAAGCUAGAAGUAAUAGUCCCAUUCGACUUUUUAAAAAUCUUUUUAUUAUAUUAUUUCUCCAGUGUCAGUGAAUAUACAGGAAGAGCAAAACACCAUCUGCCAUCUGCUGUUGCUGCUGUUGGGGUAAAAGCAAAAUAAUUGAACUAAAUGAAUGUGUGGGCUACCUUUGACAUAAGAAAUUAAAUUCAUAGACCUCUUUCUGACCUCGUUUUAAAGAACGGUUUUUUUUUUGUAUUUUGCACAUGCUAACGAGGUCAGGCCGCCAUCAUGAACGAGGUCUAUUUUAAAUCUUUCCUUAUUCUUUCUACUUGUGAAAAAAGUCUGCUAGGCAUUCAGACACCAAAUAUAGAACUUCGGUAGGUGAUUGAAAACUUAAAAGAUAUUUCAGGUUUGUAUUCAUCAUCAAAAGGAAAUUCAAGAUCUUUUUUGGUCAACUUGGCUAACCCGGCCAGUGUAAUACUGUAAAAUUCCGAAAAUAAGCUCCUCCAUGUAUAAGCCCCUCCAAAUAUAAGCCCCCCAAAAUCGUAACGCAAAAAACCCUCCGUUAAAUCGCCCCUCCGAAUAUAAGCCCCCCGGGGGCUUGUACUUGGAAUUUGCCCUCGAAUACAAAGUAAAAGAAAGCGAAAAUGGUAAGUUUCCUUGCCACUACAAGCUAGCCUAAUCGAUUUUGAAACGCAAAUUUCCCUCCGUACAUAAGCCCCUCCGAAUAUUGGCCCCUCCAAAAAUAAGCCCCUCAAAAGGGACCUUUGAAAAAUAUAAGCCCCGGAGCUUACUUUCGGAAUUUUACGCCACUUCUGAAAAGCCCCUGCUUCUGUGUAGAAAAGAUUUGUCUUUUGGCAUUUAGGUUUGCAGCAAAGUUGUAACAAGAAGUUCUGGACUUAACAAUGAUGCUCAGAAGGAUAUAAAAUCUGCAUGUUCCAUGGGAAGUCUGCCACACCCUUCUAAGCUGAAGAAAAGAAAGCAGAAACGCCUUAAAAGGGCGAACUCCGUACGUCAAAAUCAAUAUGGGUUUGAUGUGACAGCUCACGUUGCACAGCUAAAAAGAAAACACGCCGAAUUUAACUGGUAAGUGAUCACUUAAUUCUUUGUGAACUAAAUGCAGUCGAACCUUCAUGUGCGACCACCUCGCCUAAGCUACCACCUCUCAUAAGCGACCACUUCUUCAAAAUAACAAAUAUUUUCCCGGUCAAAGCCUUAUCGUUGGAAACUCAAGUAAACGACCACCUCUCGUACAUGCAACUGCGACCACUUUUUAGGAUGCCGGUUAUAGAAUUUUCCACUGUUCAAGUUUAACCUCUUCUAAGCGAUCAACUGAUAAUAUGGUCCGAUCACUGCAUGUUCUACGCCACUCAAGAGUAUGAGAAGAACUUUUAGAAACAAUAUGGAUUUGCAUAUAAAUUUCUUGUAACCUACUAAACUGUAUGCAAUACCGACAUUCUCUCCAAAAAGUAGAUGUGUCCACAAUUCUCCUCGCAAAAGACCUCCUGCAGUUCAACUCUUUGCCCUCUGGGUGAUCGCUUACAGGGAGUCCGAUUGUAGAAAGUUACAAAAGUCGUCAUUUAGAGGCAGAUCUAAGCGGGUUCCCCAAUUAGAAUGUUUUCUUGUUACUUUUACCCUUGUCGCUCGCAAUACAGUACCGUCGAUCAGUCAGUUUUAUUAGAGAAAUUCAAAUAAACAGUUUGCGGCGUUUCUUUGUGUUUUUAUAGGACCAUUUCAAACUAGACCCAGCAUGGUUGUGAUUUCAUUAAACAUGCUUGCUUUUUUCAAUGUUUCGCUUUUUAUUGUUAUUUAUUUAUUUUCUCAAGGAUUCCCUCCUAUCCAAGAGAUAAAAUCAUCCCCCCAUCCCUCGCAGUUGAUGAAGAACCUUUUCCUCUUGGAAGUACUGAACCACAGUGUGUUCCAUGCACUCCAAAGUUAAACAAUACAGAAGUUGAGCUUCAAAGUGAACAUUCAGAAAUUGAAUUGACACCCUGCCAGUUACCAACCUUAAUCAAUAGCAAGUCCACAACGUCUGAUUGGUUUAUGGAUUACCAACAGGUACGUUAGACACAUGUGCACUUUAAGAAACGACAGCAAAAUUUCUUAAACUAAGUGGAACAGGGGGGUGCUCAGUGAUCCUCAGUGAAAGGUUUUGCUGAGUUUUCGGACUGUUUUUACAUCAUUUCCAUGAUUUAAUGAGUACUGCAGUGAACGCAUGGAUUAUAACUGUACAUGGCUGAGUGUUGUUACGUUGUUGUUGUUCAAUGUUGUUGUUGUUUUUUGCCACAGUAGUAAGACUUGGUGAGGUUAGUAAGAUUUUAAACAACUAUUUCCGCUGGAGUUUCAAGCCGAAAAUCACGUGUCCUGAGAAUAGAGGAGGAAAGAUUGUGGCUAAAAAAUUUAGCCCAUAGGAAGCAUUUAUACAAGUUUCAAACUAUUUCUUUUUUUUUUACAUUUUAGACACCAAAUUUGUUGGCGGGGCCAUUUAGUAUACCCUCAUAUGCUGUUGCAACAAGGGGAACAUCACGCGAAGCAACAGAGGAUGAAGAUUGUGAUAUCAUAUCCUUUUGGGCAAAAAACUUUACUUCUUUACUUGUCAGCGGACUGUAA